AAAAAGAAUCCUGCUCUGAAAAUGAAUUAAAACUAUACAAAAGUCAAAAUUAGGUCAAAUUAACAAGACUGACAAACCUUGCCCUGGACUCAAAAAGUUUGCAACUCCCUGCUAAGGAACAAAAGGUCACACCUCAUUAGUCGCAAGUGGAACAGAGCUCUCACCUUUGGCCCAUGUUUGUUGCCCAACAGGGAUAUGGCGCUGGACACGCCAUCAACGUCAAUAACCGAGUCAGAAAUCUCGCGCCUGGGCGGCGUGGAGGCCCUGAGGUUGAAGGUGGGUCCGGUGCGGAGGAACCUCUUCGGCCCCGUGGACCACCAGCAGCUGCGUGAGGACUUCCAGCGCCUGCUGUGCAUGAACAUCGAGGCGGCCAACAAGCGCUGGAACUACGACUUCGUCAGCGACACGCCAGGAACCGGAUCCAACGUCCUGUGGGAGGAGGUCCGCUGCCAGGAUGUACCGGGCUUCUACCGCGGUGGCGUGGCGCGGUCGGGCAAGCCCGUGCGCCGGAGCUCCACCUCGUCGGGCGAGAGGUCCCCGACGUCCAGCAGCUCUUCCGGAUCCGGGGAUGAGUACCUGGAAGUGACUGCCAGGGAGUACUACCGGCUACAACGGCCAGAAAAACGCAGAC